AUGGCUGCAUACCACUACCCGGUAUCUCAAUACGCUCCUCCUGCGACGUCGCAUAACUCGCACGGCCACCACACCCGGAGUCGCCGGGGACCGCGAGUCUCAUCGCAGAACGCGCAAAGACAAUUCAAGGCGCAGCGGAGUCCCAAGGAGGUCUUGGAGGUACCGACGUAUACAGACUACCAGCGCGUCCUCGAGGCUGCCAAAGGCUUCGAGUUUGACGAUGACGAAGUCUUCUGCCCGUUCAACCUCUUGACCGAGGACGAUCUUCAUUCCAUACACUCGGCAUCUUCAUCGGAAAAAGGCUCCCUCUCAUCGGGCUCCCCGGACGGAUCCCCGGUCCAGCAGCAAGCUCAACCGACGCCGUCUCUUCUAUUACCUUCGGUCCCUCACUCCUACAGCCUCGCGGGUUUUCAGCACGCCCAGCAAAUGAAGCUCCACCAACCGUUGGCUCAGCGCACUCGCAACGCCAUCCCAAUCGUCGACCCUUCGACCCGCUCGGUCGCGAGCCCUCCCAUGUCCGUCUCGCCUGCCCGGCAGAUGCAGCAACACCACCACCACCAGUAUGCGCAACGCCGCUGGUAG